GAAUCAGUGAACUUAGAAGAAGAAGAAGACCGUCUUCGAUUCUAUAUAAACCAGUCCCAAACCAAGCACCUCGCACUACCAAAAUCUGAAGGCUUCGAUUUCCGAUGGAGCUCAAGUCGCUUUCUUUCCCCGCCGACAACCCUCCGCUUUCAGUACUCGCGGCGGCCAAGCUCGCCGGGAUUUCGCUCCCCACCGACGCCUCUCUCGCCCCCGAUUCUCCUCCGGUUCUUCACUUCUCCGACGGGCGAAACCUGCGCGGCGUCUCUGCGCUUCUUCGUUAUUUCGGUCGUGUUUCGAAUCUGUGCGGCGGCGAUGCGUUUCAAGAUGCUCAGAUUGUUGAGUGGCUUGAGUUCGCUCCGGUGCUUUCAGUCGGCUCUGCUUUCGAGGAUGCCUGCAAGCAUUUAGAUGAGUAUUUGGGAAGCAGAACCUUCUUGGUUGAUCAUUCGUUUUCGAUCGCCGAUAUCGCAAUCUGGUCAGGCCUUGCAGGAGCUGGGCUUAGAUGGGAGAGUUUGAGGAAGUCAAAGAAAUAUCAAAAUCUUACUCGGUGGUAUGGUUCGAUAUUGGCGGAACAUGGUGAUGCAUUGAAUCAAGUGACAGGUGCAUAUGUUGGCAAGAAAGGCUCAGCGAAAUCGAAAGAGAACCCGGCCAGUCAGCAGUCGAAGGGCGUAAAUGGAGAUGUAGUGAAAGCAGGAACCAACAGGGGAACAUUUGAGGUGGAUCUUCCGGAGGCUGAGGUUGGUAAGGUGAAGUUGAGGUUUGCGCCGGAGCCGAGUGGUUAUCUUCACAUUGGGCACUCGAAAGCUGCGUUGUUGAAUCAGUAUUUUGCUCAGCGGUAUCAAGGUCAGGUUAUUGUGCGGUUUGAUGAUACAAAUCCUGCUAAAGAAAGCAACGAGUUUGUGGAUAAUCUUCUCAAGGAUAUUGAGACUUUGGGCAUCAAGUAUGAGACGGUUACCCAUACUUCAAAUUACUUCCCUGAGUUGAUGGAAAUGGCCAAGAAGCUGAUUAAAGAAGGUAAAGCAUAUGUCGAUGAUACACCUAGAGAGGAGAUGCAAAAACAACGAAUGGAUGGGAUUGAGUCAAAGUGUAGAAACCACAGCAUAGAGGAAAAUGAGAAAUUGUGGGAGGAGAUGAUUGCAGGUUCAGAGAGGGGUCUGCAGUGUUGUGUUAGAGGGAAGCUGGAUAUGCAGGACCCAAAUAAAUCACUCAGAGAUCCAGUUUAUUAUCGUUGCAAUCCAAUGCCACAUCAUAGGAAAGAGAUAGGGUCCAAGUACAAGGUCUACCCAACUUAUGAUUUUGCUUGUCCAUUUGUUGAUUCCAUUGAAGGUAUAACUCAUGCACUUCGAUCCAGUGAGUAUCAUGAUCGCAACGCCCAGUACUAUCGGAUUCAAGAUGAUAUGGGACUGAGAAGAGUGCAUCUGUAUGAGUUCAGUAGGUUGAACAUGGUCUAUACACUCCUCAGCAAGCGCAAGCUUUUGUGGUUUGUUCAAAAUGAGAAGGUCAACGGAUGGGAUGAUCCUCGAUUUCCAACUGUUCAAGGAAUUGUGCGUAGAGGUCUCAAAGUUGAAGCAUUGAUACAGUUCAUUCUUGAGCAGGGGGCUUCAAAGAAUCUGAAUCUUAUGGAAUGGGACAAACUGUGGACAAUUAACAAGAAGAUUAUUGAUCCUGUAUGCCCAAGACAUACUGCCGUCAUUGAAGAGGGACGAGUGUUGUUGACCCUCUCUAAUGGCCCUGAAAAGCCAUUUGUCCGCAUAAUACCUAGGCAUAAGAAGUAUGAAGGUGCUGGAGAGAAGGCAACAACAUUCACAAGAAGCAUAUGGAUAGAUCGAGCUGAUGCAGAGUUGAUAUCAGUAGACGAGGAAGUGACAUUGAUGGAUUGGGGGAAUGCCAUUGUUAAGAAGAUUGAGAAAGACCAAGACGGAAAUCUUGCGCUCACAGGGGUUUUGCAUCUUGAAGGAUCUGUGAAAACCACCAAAUUGAAGCUUACCUGGCUGCCUGAAAUAGAUGAACUGGUUAAGCUCUCAUUGAUGGAGUUUGAUUAUCUGAUAACAAAGAAGAAGCUUGAGGAGGGCGAGGAUUUCCUUGAUGUGCUUAACCCAUGUACCGAAAAGGAGACAGCAGCCCUUGGGGAUUCCAACAUGCGAAAUCUGAAGCGUGGAGAUGUAUUGCAACUUGAGAGGAAAGGGUACUUCAGAUGUGAUGUACCUUACCUCAGGCCUUCAAAGCCUAUUGUUCUCUUUGCAAUCCCCGACGGCAGGCAGCAGGCUGGGUUAAAGUGAAGAACUUCAUCAAAAAAUUUUGGCUUCAUGAAUACUUGUUAUUUCAAAUUGAAUGGUAGAACUUUGAACUAGUUUGACCAAUCCUAAAAGCACCUUUCAGUUCUUGUAGUCUUCAAUUCCGAAUAUUUGGCAAUGUUAGGAUGGAAUGAGAUUUCUGUCACUUAUUUUGUACUGAAUCUUUAGCUGUAUAUGACUGCCAACCAAGUGAUUUCCAUUAUUGGAAGUUACAACCUGCUUUGAAUUUA